UUCACCGUACCGAGGCACACGCUCCAUGUUGUUUUCCUUCUUCACCCCACAACGAGAACCACCAUGAUGAUGAAAAAGGGGGCUCGCCUUUCGAAAUGGGCUGAAAAUCCUCCACAAUACCCACAAUGAUGGCUCCGCUGCUGACUGAGUCUCGCUCGACCCGACUGCGCCGAGACACUAAUACAUAGUUGGCGAUGGAUUCUGGUGAUGAUUUACUCGCCGUCGUCCCUCCCUCUCUUUCUGUCUCUCUCUCUCUCCUCUCUGUCCUCUCUCUCCCAAGCAUCGCCAACCCGCGCGCAAACCAUCUUUUUUCGAAAAAAUGGCUGAGAUGGAAGCCCGCACCGUCAGCGGCGCUCGAUUCGAGUACCAGACCGCCACGCUGAACGGGGUCAAUUACAACUACAUCCUCGCUGAGCCGCCCUCGGGCAAAGUCGUCGGCACCAUCUUCCUCAUCCAUGGAUGGCCUGACAUGUCGCUGGGAUGGCGGAACCAGAUCCCCUUCCUCCUCUCCAAGGGCCUCCGCGUCGUCGCCCCGGACAUGAUGGGCUACGGAGGCACCGAUGCGCCUGAAGAUGUCAGCUUCUACACCUUUAAGCGCGCCUCGGACGACAUUGCCGCGCUCGCCAGCCACCUCGGCCUGUCGCGUAUUAUCCUCGGCGGCCACGAUUGGGGCGGUGCCGUUGUCUACCGCGCCGCCCUCUGGCACCCGGAGCUGGUCUCGGCCUUUUUUGUCAUCAGCACGCCGUUCGCGGCCCCGCGCCUCACCUACGUCGACCAGGCCACGGCGCUACCCACGCUGCACUACCAGCUGCAGUUCCGCACCGACGCCGUCCAGGACUACAUCGGCCUCGGCGACGCCCAGAACGCCACCCGCGUGCGCCAGAUCCUCAACACCAUCUACGGCGUCACCCUCCCCGGCGGCGGCUCCGCCUUCAACUCGAGCGGCGACGGUUUCACCUUUGAGCUGCUCGACGCUGUCACCGAGGACACCCCGCUGCUGACCGAGGAGGAGCUGAACCUGUACGUCGACAGCUACACGAGCGACCCCUUCAACCGCACCCUGAACUGGUACCGCACCGGCGAGAUGAACUGGCAGGACGAGCUUGCCCUCGUGCCCGCCGGCGCCGCCUACACCGCCAAGUACGCCCAGCCCGCGCUGUACAUCGGCGGCACCCUGGACACGGCGCUGCCCCCGAUCCUGUCGACCGGCAUGGAGACCUACUUCGACAGCCUGGCCCGCGGCGAGGUCAACGGCUCGCACUGGGUCAUGUGGGAGCAGCCCGAGGCCGUCAACGGCUACGUCGGUAACUGGCUAGCCGGUUCGGUCCUGGGCAACCUGACGUUGGGCCUGAACGCCACCGCCGGCUGCGCCACUUUGCGAUGAGCCGAUGAAAGGACGCGUGUAAUGUGGU